AUUUUAACGCGAUUAGAAAUUUUUAUUGUCAUUUAUUCGAAAGCAGUUUUGAAAACUUUUUAUCGAAUAUAUUAGUUGAUGAUGCAAAACUGAACAAGAAAAUUCAUCCAAACAGUUCAGUUCAUGUUUUGUAUAAAUAAAAUUAUCCAUAUAUUCUGACACAGUCUAGAAGCAGUAGACAGAGAACUUGUCCUCUGGUGAUUUAUGUCUUCAACAGGCAACACCUCUUAUUCCACAUCAUUGUACAAAGAGACAUCAAACCUUGAUUUCAAUAAAGGUGUACAACCGCAAUCCCAACAAGAAGAUAUUGAAUCGACUCUAAGUCCAUACACUUGUAAAACUUCUGAAAAAACUGAACAGUCUGAAUCAUAUAAUCAAGAAUCAACUGAAACAUCAAAUGAACAAAAUUUGAAUUAUGACGAUGUUCUAACUUUGCAUGUUCCACAACUAAGCAAAAAUGUAUGGCAUAAAAAACAAUCCUACAAUUUAUUCAAACAUGAUAAAUGUCAUUGUUUUGAGUCGAUAACACGCAAAUUACGUUUUAACACUUCACAUAAAACUCAAAGUGUAAUGAAGAAACAAUCUAAAACUUUAUCGAAUCGUAUUCAUAAUGGUAAUCAUUUGAAUUCGCUUUAUGAAAAUGAAGUCGAUGUGAUGAUGAAAUCUGAUGAUAGAAAGAAUGCAAAACAAACUGAAAUUCCAGAAGAAACUAGUAAUACACAAACUGAUUCUGAAGUGGUGGAGAAAAGUAUGCGUUGGACAACAAAUUUUUUAGCAGCUUUAAGUAUAUUUCUAAUUUUAAUCACAUUCCCAUUUUCAUUGGUCUAUUGUAUACGUAUUGUUGCUGAAUAUGAACGUGCUGUUGUUUUAAGAAUGGGCAAUUUAAUACCGAAAGGUAAAGGUACAAAAGGUCCAGGAUUAUUUUUCAUUUUACCAUGUAUUGACAGUGUACGAAAAGUGGAUUUGCGUACAGUGACAUUCGCCAUUCCGCCCCAAGAAUUGCUGACACGUGAUUCAGUCACUGUUUCAGUUGAUGCAGUUGUAUAUUAUCGUGUAUUAAAUCCAGUUGCAUCUGUGUUAAAUAUUGAAGACGCUGCACGAUCUACUAGACUAUUAGCACAGACAACUAUAAGAAAUAUUUUAGGAACUAAGGAUUUGGCACAAAUUCUUAUGGAUAGAGAAGAAAUAUCCACAGCUAUGCAAUCAAGCUUAGAUGCUACAACAGAUGCAUGGGGAGUGAAAGUUGAAAGAAUCGAAAUCAAAGAUGUCCGUCUGCCUGUACAACUACAACGCGCAAUGGCAGCUGAAGCUGAGGCUGCUCGUGAAGCUCGUGCUAAAGUGAUUGCUGCUAAGGGAGAACAAGAGGCAGCCAGAUCGUUAAAAGAAGCUGCAAAAGUCAUUUCUACUUCACCAAUGGCAUUCCAAUUGCGUUAUUUGCAAACCCUAUGUGCAAUAUCAGCUGAGAAAAAGUCAACUAUUUUCUUCCCGGUACCAAUAGAUAUUAUGCAGAAUAUAGGUAAUCUAUCCGGGUCAACAUUCGAACAAUUAUUAAACAAAAAUAAUCAAAAACUACGAAAAAAUUGUUCAGUGAAUGAAAUUCACAGUUCCAAGGAAGUUUACACAAAAUCACAUGAUAGUGGUAGUUCAAUAUCCAGCCGUAAAAGUUUUGAUUGUGGUUAUGAUGAAUCAAAACUUGACAAGCCAAUGAAUUCAUUGCGUUCUGUAAAUUACAUUGCUGAGCAACCAUGGCCCCAGUCAUGUAAUACAAAUCGAGAAAUUCAAGAAAGUGGUUGGGCAAAUGAAAGUGGUGAUACACACAGUGAUACAGUUUAAAUUAACUUACUAUCAAUUUGUAUUCUUUAAUGUUUAUACAGAACGUCCAGUUAUAUGUCUCAAGUGCAUUAAAAGCACAGUUUCAAUUUUUCUUUCAUAUUCUACAUCGUUUGAACAGGUUUUCGUGAUCACAACAUGUACGUGGAUAUCAUUUAAACUAUUUUACACAAUCACAAUUUAGAAAAUGUAUUCUAUAGUUAAAGCAGAAUUUAUGUAUUCUUCUCCUCCAUAAAGUUUG